GAGCCCGGUUUGAACUGGAAGAAGGUCCUGGAAACAGGCCUUCGAGAGAUGCUUCCCGACCACGAAUCUGGACGUGGACAUCCUUCCCACUCAUCGUGGACAUGGGCGGUGACGGGAAACAGCGACUAUCUGCCAGAGGAGGCGAUCCUCGUCCUGUUCGCAUCCUCACUCGAAGGUGAAGCUAUUGCGGUCGUUUUCGAUCCAUGGCGCGAUGAGCUUUUCACGGCCAUGAAGCAGCAUGGUGCCGAGCUGAAUGGUAUGCCGCUCUCAGGCCGUCAUCGUUCUGGUCGCCUGCGCGAUGUCAUCAUAGGAACAGAGGCCUUGGGCGAUCCGAGGCGGUCGCUGCAAAGCCUCCGCGGUUUGUACUACGCGGGGCCGCCUCGUUCUGCUGGUGUUCGGGUUUUUCCAAGUGCUGCUCUAGGCCUUGCAUGGGUCGCAUGCGGCCGACUGGGCACGUUCGUGGCAGCGCCAGGUGCAGAACUGGCUGCGGGCCAGCUCCUGGUUUCAGAAAGUGGAGGUGUUCUCCGCACCGACUCGCCAGGUGGAUGGACACUCUCGGCACAAAGUGACCAACUUCUGUCCGAGCUUCGCGUG